AUGUCUCUCCACCUCCUUCUAUCCCUUGCAGCUCUCAACAAGUUCCUUCCCUCUGCUUCCUCCCACAGACCACGUUCUGUCAUCCACUUGCUUAAGCCUGCCUGGUAUAUCACGCGUUGUUUUCCCUUGUCUCUCUUUCCCUCUAUUCGACCCGUUCUUCAAUAUCUAUCUAUCUAUCUAUCUAUCUAUCUAUCUAUCUAUCUAUCUCUGUUAUUUAUCUAUCUCUCUCCUCGGAGCAAUUUCCAUGAAAAUAUCUAUCUAUCUAUCUAUCUAUCUAUCUAUCUCUGUUAUCUAUCUAUCUGUCUAUCUACCUAUAUAUGUCUGUUAUCUAUCUAUAUCUGUUAUCUAAGUCUUCACUUUCUUUCUCAUUCUAUCAAUCAUCUUCUGUUCAUAUCUGAGUUACUUUCUUAUUCUAUCUAUCAUCUUCUAUUCAUAUCUGAGUCUCAUUCUAUCUAUCAUCUUCUAUUCAUAUCUGAGUCUCAUUCUAUCUAUCAUCUUCUAUUCAUAUCUGAGUCUCAUUCUAUCUAUCAUCUUCCAUUCAUAUCUGAGUCACUUUCUCAUUCUAUCUAUCAUUUUCUAUUCAUAUCUGAUUCUCUCAUUCUAUCUAUCAUCUUCUAUUCAUAUCUGAGUCACUUUCUUUCUUAUUCUAUCUAUCAUCAUCUAUUCAUAUCUGAGUCAUUUUCUCAUUCUAUCAUCUUCUAUUCAUAUCUGAGUCAUUUUCUCAUUUUAUCAAUCAUCUUCUAUUCAUAUCUGAGUCACUUUCUCAUUCUAUCUAUUAUCAUCUAUUCAUAUCUGUCAUUUUCUCAUUCUAUCUAUCAUCUUCCAUUCAUAUCUGAGUCACUUUCUCAUUCUAUCUAUCAUUUUCUAUUCAUAUCUGAUUCUCUCAUUCUAUCUAUCAUCUUCUAUUCAUAUCUGAGUCACUUUCUUUCUUAUUCUAUCUAUCAUCAUCUAUUCAUAUCUGAGUCAUUUUCUCAUUCUAUCAUCUUCUAUUCAUAUCUGAGUCAUUUUCUCAUUUUAUCAAUCAUCUUCUAUUCAUAUCUGAGUCACUUUCUCAUUCUAUCUAUUAUCAUCUAUUCAUAUCUGUCAUUUUCUCAUUCUAUCUAUCAUCUUCCAUUCAUAUCUGAGUCACUUUCUCAUUCUAUCUAUCAUUUUCUGUUCAUAUCUGAUUCUCUCAUUCUAUCUAUCAUCUUCUAUUCAUAUCUGAGUCACUUUCUUUCUCAUUCUAUCUAUCAUCUUUUCAUAUCUGUAUGUUGA